ACAAAACCAACGGAUUGGAUGCGGAAGUCCGCCUGAAGUCACUUUAUCAGUAGAAACAAAAGCAACAAGUACAAGUUGAACUUCGCAGCUCGGAACUUUCUUUUUCUGCCAACCGGAAGACGCUUAAACGCUCCAUCAUGACGGACGUUUACUCCCCGACGACGGCUCCCAACCCCAAAUCCUCGUGGUUCACCGUCCCGUCAGACUCGCUGGACACGGUCCGCUGUGGCGUCAAAGGCCUGGAAGUGCUGCUGUCCCUCGUGGCCUUCGUCCUGGAGGAGGUGGUGAACAGCUGCGUCAACUGCUCGGCUCUCUACUUCUUUGAGUUUGUGAGCUGCACGGCCUUCCUCUUCACCCUGCUGCUCCUCAUCCUCCUCUCCACCACGCUGCAGACCCGAGUGGGCAUCACGUGCUGGCCCCGCCUGCUCUCCCCUCCCGCCCGUUUCUAUUACCCGGCGAUGUUCAUCGUGGACCUGGUCCUGUUCGUGAAGAGCGGCUUUCCCUUUAAGAAAGACGGCACGCCAGAGUCCAGUAACGGAGGCCCGCCCGUGGGCGAGCCUCAGCCGGAGAGGGAGAGACUCAACACGGCCAACCAAUAAGUCUGUUUCUGUGUUCACAGGUCAGAUUAUUUUAUUCCUUAAAGUGUAACUUUGGUUGUUGUUUUUUAACCUAGACCCUAUUUUCCUGUUUCUGUCUCUAAGUGACUGAUGGGAUGUCCAGCUUGUAUUUACCUUCACUAAAAGUUCUCUUGUUGC